AGUCCUAAAUUCCCAUAACUCAAAUCAUUUCAAAGAAAUUAAUACACUUCUCUCUACGAUCUUUAACCAAAUGGGCCCAUCUCCACGUCAUCCACUAGCUCUCUUGGUCUUCCAGGCCCUGAUCAUCGCCUCCUGCGCGAAAUCAGGGCCCGCAAACUCGAACCUGUUCCGAGAAUACCUCGGAGCAGAGUUCAAGAACGUGAAAUUCUCCGACGUCCCGGUGAACUCGGGGGUCGAGUUCCACUACAUCCUCUCGUUCGCCAUCGACUACACGACGGACCCGUCGUCGCCGUCCCCGACCGACGGCGAGUUCAACGUGUUCUGGGACACGGGCAACCUCAGCCCGGGCGCGGUCGCCGCCAUCAAGAGCAGGCACCCGAACGUCCGGGUCGCCCUCAGCCUCGGCGGCGACAGCGUGGGCGACGGCGAGAGCGCCUUCUUCGCCCCGUCGUCGCCAGACACCUGGGUCGCCAACGCGGUCUCGUCGCUGACGCGGAUCAUACGGGAGUACGACCUCGACGGCAUCGACAUCGACUACGAGCACUUCAAGGCGGACCCUGCCACCUUCGCGCGGUGCGUGGGGCGGCUGAUCACGACGCUGAAGGCGAACGGCGUCGUGUCGUUCGCCUCGAUCGCGCCGUUCGACGACGACGAGGUGCAGAGCCACUACAUGGCGCUGUGGAAGGACUACGGGCACGUGAUAGACUACGUGAACUUCCAGUUCUACGCGUACGACGCGGGGACGACGGUGGAGCAGUUCCUGCGCUACUUCGAGGAGCAGAGCGGGAACUACGGCGGCGGGAAGGUGCUGCCGAGCUUCAUAAGCGACGGCAGCGGCGGGCUGGCGCCCGACGGCGGGUUUUUCACGGCGUGUAGCAGGUUGAAGAGUGAGGGGAAGCUGUAUGGAAUCUUUGUGUGGUGCGCGGAUGAUUCCAAGGGAUUGGGAUUCAAGUAUGAGAAACAAUCCCAAUCGCUUAUUGCAAUUUCACAUUAGUGAUAUAUAUGUGUAUAUAUAUGUAUGUGUGUGUGUGUUUGAUGCAUGUAUCCCACUUGAGUUGAGGAUGGUUUGUUUUGUAAAAAUAAAGAAAUGUUGUCUUCUU